AUGGAGUUUUCAUUACAAGACGACGAUUUUGGCGGUGGUGAUUAUUCCGCUGCAAAUGCAACCAGAGUUUCAGGUAGUAAAAGAAGCUUUGGUGAUAUUGAAGACGAUGAAGAUGAUAUCUUCGGAUCGAAAAAGGGUCGAACGAAAGCCGAGGAAGCUGCACCUGGUGUUGCAACUGGGAUGAUUUUGUCACUCCGAGAGAGUCUUCAGAAUUGUAAAGAUGAUCUUGCUUCAUGUCAAAAUGAGCUUGAAUCAGCGAAAACAGAGAUUAAUAAGUGGAAAUCAGCUUUUCAGAAUGAGUCCUUCGUACCGGCUGGAAAAUCUCCUGAACCUAGAUUUUUGAUCGACUACAUCCAGAAUCUAAAAUCUUCUGAGAGAUCUUUGAAAGAACAGUUAGAAAUUGCAAAGAGAAAAGAAGCUUCAUGCAUUGUACAGUAUGCGAAACGGGAACAGGAAAUGGCAGAACUGAAGUCAGCGGUUCGCGAUUUGAAAUCUCAACUCAAGCCAGCGUCAAUGCAGGCGAGGAGGCUAUUACUGGAUCCAGCAAUUCAUGAAGAAUUUUCACGCCUGAAGAAUUUAGCUGAGGAAAAAGACAAGAAGAUCAAGGAACUCCAGGAUAAUAUUGCAGCAGUUACUUUUACCCCUCAAAGCAAGAAUGGAAAAAUGCUUAUGGCAAAGUGCAAAACCCUGCAGGAGGAAAACGAGGAGAUUGGACACCAAGCUGCUGAAGGAAAGAUUCAUGAACUAGCGAUAAAGCUUACAAUGCAGAAGUCUCAAAACACGGAACUUAGAAGUCAAUUUGAAGGACUUUUCAAACACAUGGAGGAAUUAACUAAUGAUGUCGAGAGAUCAAACGAAACGUGA